UCUCCUACGAUCAUUCUUUGUAUAAACCCUAACUAACGAAACCACUGUUCUCGAUCAUCUCUGUUCGUAUAAGGAGAUAUGCCUCCGAAGGUGACUAAAUUAAAGGAGGCACCGGUGGAAAGGCUGAUCCUUGGCCGUUUCUCGUCUCAUCUGAAGAUCGGAAUCGUGGGUUUGCCAAAUGUGGGAAAAUCUACACUCUUCAACACACUCACAAAGCUGUCUAUACCAGCUGAGAACUUCCCAUUUUGUACCAUUGAACCUAACGAGGCACGUGUUCAUAUUCCAGAUGAGCGAUUUGAAUGGCUAUGUCAACAUUUCAAGCCAAGGAGUGAGGUCUCAGCGUUCUUAGAGAUACAUGAUAUAGCUGGGCUAGUUAAAGGAGCACAUGAAGGUCAAGGGCUUGGAAACAAUUUCCUAUCUCACAUUCGUGCAGUUGAUGGCAUAUUUCAUGUUUUACGUGCAUUUGAAGACCCAGAUAUUAUACACGUUGAUGACUCUGUGGAUCCUGUAAGAGACAUGAAAGUUAUAGCUGCAGAAUUACGGCUGAAGGAUAUGGAAUUUAUCGAAAGAAGAAUUGAGGAUCUCGAAAAGAGCAUGAAGAGGAGCAAUGAUAAGCAGCUAAAAGUGGAGCAUGAAUUAUGCCUGAAGGUCAAAAAUUUUGUCAAGGAGGGAAAAGAUGUCCGGUUAGGGGACUGGAAAGCUGCUGAUAUUGAGAUCUUGAAUACUUUUCAAUUGCUGACUGCAAAACCUGUUGUUUAUUUGGUUAACAUGAAUGAGAGAGAUUAUCAGAGGAAAAAGAACAAGUUUCUGCCGAAGAUUCAUUCUUGGGUGCAGGAGCACGGGGGCGAGCCCAUUAUCCCUUUUAGCUGUGCCUUGGAAAGAAAUCUAUCUGAUAUGCCUCAAGAUGAAGCAGCAAAAUACUGCGAGGACAACAAGGUACAAAGUGCUCUUCCAAAGAUUAUAAAGACCGGAUUCUCAGCUAUUAGUCUAAUAUACUUCUUUACUGCUGGCAUUGAUGAGGUAAAAUGCUGGCAAAUUCGAAGGCAAACCAAGGCUCCUCAAGCUGCUGGAGCAAUUCAUACUGAUUUUGAAAGAGGGUUCAUUUGUGCGGAGGUAAUGAAAUUUGACGAUCUUAAGGAUCUUGGAAGUGAGGCUGCUGUGAAGGCUGCUGGGAAGUACAAACAGGAGGGAAAAACUUACGUGGUACAAGAUGGAGACAUAAUCUUUUUCAAAUUCAAUGUGUCUGUUGGUGGCAAGAAGUAACAGUAGAGUAUGCAACAGUUAGUUGUUGGUUUUUGACUUGCAAAAUCUUGUUUUCUGGUUUUUGUUUGAAUCUAUGGCUACUUGAUGUAGAGCUACCCAUUGAUAGAUUAAAUAUGGC